AUGUCGCAGGUGCAGCACUGGAAGAACGGCGGUCGGUGCGGCGUGUGCGGGGACGACUGGCGGCUGCCGCAGCCACGACCCCACGAGCGAGGCGGACGCUUCGGCCGCGGCGUCGUCACCGCCAGCUACGGCGAGGGCCAGGUCGUCCCCGUGACCAUCCACCUCUCGGCCAACCACAAGGGCUGGUACGAGUUCCGGCUGUGCAGCAACAGCGACCCGGGCGCCCGGGACUCGCAGCGGUGUCUGGACAAGCACCUCCUCGCCAUGGCGGACGGCAGCGGCUUCCGCUACUUCCUGGACGCCUCCGUCCGCGGCGACCACACCGUCCACGUGCAGCUGCCGAGGGGCGUCUCCUGCGCCCACUGCGUCCUCCAGUGGACAUGGACCGUUGGCAACAGCUGGGGCACGUGUCCUGACGGCGGCGAGGGCCUGGGCUGCGGUCCCCAGGAGACCUUCGUCAACUGCGCUGACGUCAGGAUCCACCCCAAGGGCUUCCAUCCCGCCGCGAGAGUCAGCCCCAAAUUCCGGAAGCCAACGAGACGCCCGUCCUAGAUGUUGUGCCGCGAAUAUUUAUUCAUUGAGAUUCAUUGUUUGUGUAACGAUGGUGAGUCAACUCUUGUUUUGACUUUUCCAUUGUAUCAUCACUAUUAUUUA